ACCAAGUGAUUCUGUACUUGUGGUUUGUAGUGAACAUUCCUCAUGUAAUGUAACAUUGUUAUGUGAAUAUUUCUAAGGGGUCGACAACAUGUCGAAACUUUCCGAAUUAAAUCUUACGGACAGAUGCAGACCAGAAAGCCUGUGGUCAGCUGCCGAUGUCUGGAUCAAGAAACCUCAUGUUGUUAACAAGAGACUGUGUGGAGCGACAGAGUCUGAGUACAGGGACGUGGACGGCGCAGGACUAAAGCAGUUUUUAUCUUCUGUUUUGAGAUGCAGUACUGAGAUUGAUGAUAUUUUUCACUUCCUUCGCGCCAAUGUUGUGGACGAGGGACAUGAAACUGCAGGACGCUGGUGUGUUUGCAUCAGGACUGUUAUUCCCAAAGUUAAGAAAACAGAGAAAUGUCUGUGCAAAGAAAUUAUUAUUAAAGAUAUUGUUGGGCACACAGUGACAUUUGUUCCUUUUGAAGAGAACGAAGUGGGACAGGUCUCUCUCAGGAGCAGCAACAUUUAUCAGAUCCAGCUGCAACUGGAAACUGAAGAUUGGAUAUUGUCUCUUCAUGCUCUAAGGCCUGAGGAUUGGUACAGCGAUGGGGUGGCUUAUCCCAAACUUUCCUGGCUUUGUAGAGAACUCCUGCCGAAACUGUCACGCUGGGCUCUGGAGAGCAGGAAAAGUGAAUUUAAAAGCACCCUGUCCCUUAUACCUGUGGAGAAAUACAGCGUGAUCUACCAGCAACUGAAAGAAAAGUACAAAGAAUUAGUGAAGGUCUGGCCUGAAGUUACUGAUCCUGAGAAAUUUGUGUAUGAAGAUGUUGCCAUCGCUACAUAUUUGUUGGUCUUGUGGGGUGAAGAGCGUGCUGAAAAGGGAACAACAACAAAACAGUCCUUUGUGGAUCUCGGCUGUGGAAACGGCCUGCUGGUUCACAUAUUAAACAACGAAGGGCAUCCUGGAAAAGGCAUUGACAUCCGCAGGAGGAAGAUCUGGGACAUGUUUGGGCCUAAUACACAUCUAGAGGAAAAUGCCAUUACGCCCAGCGAUGGCUUCCUCUUCCCCACCACAGACUGGCUGAUUGGAAACCAUUCGGAUGAGCUUACACCAUGGAUCCCAGUUAUAGCAGCCAGAUCAUCUUACUCAUGCCGUUACUUUGUGCUCCCCUGCUGCUUCUUCGACUUCUACGGAAAGUAUCAGCGCAGACAGUGCAAGAAGUCUCAGUAUAAGGAGUAUAUUGACUUUAUUACUGAUGUCAGCACAGAGUGUGGCUUUAACACAGAGGAGGAUUGCCUGAGGAUCCCUUCCACCAAACGGGGUCAGUUCUGUAAUUUUGGCCAGCAGUGA